GCACAAGAGGUUUCUGGAAGGAAAGCCAAGCCCACGACGACACGACACCAUCCUUCCUUCUUCUUCUCCGGCAACCCCUCGCCGGCGCCACCUAUCUCCCUGCCUCACUCGUCACCGGCCAGCCAGCCAUGGUGUCCGAGGCCAGCAAGAAGAAGGCCGCGCAGAAGAAGGCCGCUGCUGCCGCAAAGAGGGGCGCCAAGGUGCCCACCUCCUCGUCGACCUCCUCUUCAACCAAGGCCGCUGCCGACGCCCUCGCCGCCGUCCACCUCUCCGACCGCACCUGCACCGCCGUCCUCACCUCCCACCCGCUCUCCAGGGACAUCCACAUAGAGUCUCUCACUUUGACAUUCCACGGCCACGAUCUACUCGUUGACACGGAGCUGGAGCUCAACUACGGCAGGCGCUAUGGUUUGCUUGGUCUGAAUGGCUGUGGAAAGUCUUGCCUUCUCAAAGCAAUAGGAUGCAGAGAGCUUCCUAUUCCUGAGCACAUGGAUAUAUACCACCUCAGCCACGAGAUUGAGGCUUCAGACAUGUCUGCGCUCGGAGCGGUCAUCAGUUGUGAUGAGGAAAGGGUCAAGCUGGAAAAGGAAGCUGAAGUUUUGGCUGCUCAAGAUGAUGGUGGAGGUGAAGCUUUGGAGCGCGUGUAUGAGCGGUUAGAAGCUAUUGAUGCAUCCACCGCUGAGAAGCGUGCUGCUGAGAUUUUGUUUGGCUUAGGCUUUAACAAGCAGAUGCAGGCCAAGAAAACUAGGGAUUUUUCUGGUGGUUGGCGCAUGAGAAUUGCUUUGGCAAGAGCUCUGUUCAUGAACCCGACCAUCCUUUUGCUUGACGAGCCUACCAAUCAUCUCGAUCUUGAGGCAUGUGUCUGGCUGGAAGAAACACUAAAGAAAUUUGACCGUAUACUUGUUGUCAUAUCACACUCCCAAGAUUUUCUGAAUGGAGUAUGUACGAAUAUCAUCCACAUGCAGAACAGGAAGCUUAAGCUGUACACUGGCAAUUUUGACCAGUAUGUGCAGACACGGUCAGAACUGGAAGAGAACCAGAUGAAGCAGUACAGGUGGGAGCAGGACCAGAUCGCUUCGAUGAAGGAGUACAUCGCCCGUUUCGGUCACGGGUCUGCGAAGCUUGCACGGCAGGCCCAGAGCAAGGAGAAGACGCUCGCUAAGAUGGAGCGCGGUGGGCUGACGGAGAAGGUCGCAAGGGACAGGAUACUGACGUUCCGCUUCACAGAUGUCGGCAAGCUCCCGCCACCAGUGCUGCAGUUUGUGGAGGUGACGUUUGGGUACACGCCGGAGAACCUGAUCUACCGGAAGCUGGACUUCGGGGUGGACCUAGACUCGAGGGUGGCGUUGGUGGGCCCGAAUGGGGCGGGGAAGAGCACGCUGCUGAAGCUGAUGACGGGGGAGCUGGCGCCACUGGACGGGAUGGUGCGGCGGCACAACCACCUGCGGAUUGCGCAGUUCCACCAGCACCUGGCAGAGAAGCUUGACCUGGACGUGUCGGCGCUGCAGUACAUGAUGGACGAAUACCCAGGCAACGGGGAGGAGCGGAUGCGCGCAGCGAUCGGCAGGUUCGGGCUGUCGGGGAAGGCGCAGGUGAUGCCGAUGCGGAACCUGUCGGAUGGGCAGCGGAGCCGGGUGAUCUUCGCGUGGCUGGCGUGGCGGGAGCCGCAGCUGCUGCUGCUGGAUGAGCCGACGAACCACCUGGACAUCGAGACGAUCGACUCGCUGGCGGAGGCACUGAGGGAGUGGGACGGGGGCCUUGUGCUGGUGAGCCACGACUUCCGGCUGAUCAACCAGGUGGCGGAGGAGAUCUGGGUGUGCGAGAAUCAGGCAGUGACGCGGUGGGGAGGUGACAUCAUGGAGUUCAAGGAGCACCUCAGGAGCAAGUCCGGCCGGUCGGAGGACUGAGGGUUGAGUUGGGUUACUUGAGUGUGUCCGCUGAUGAAUGCUCGAGCUAGCUAGUAUUGAGGUGAGAAGAUGUAUAGCUACCUAGGUGUUGAGUUGUGGUUACCGUGAAGGAAUCCGGUGCAUGCUAUGACGGAUGAUGCUGAUAGUUGGUAGUAUGCUGCUGCCUACCUUAUGUAUGCGCGGCACGACACGGCACCAAUCAGAUGCGUGUAACCUGAAUAAGUUACUGUACAACAGUGUUCAUGAACAUUUGAAUCUU